AUGUCCACCGCACCCUCCGAACUCGUCCUCUACAACCUCGUCACCGCCCAAACCCUAAACCCCAGCCCCUCCCCCGCCGCCGCCGCCGCCCCCCUCGCCGCCGACGGCUCCUCCGGCCCAGCCGCCGCCGCGCGCCGGGCGCGCCCGCGCCGGCCCUCGGACCGCCACGCCAAGGUCGCCGGCCGUGGCCGCCGGGUCCGCAUCCCGGCCAUGGUCGCCGCGCGCGUCUUCCAGCUCACCCGCGAGCUCGGCCACCGCACCGACGGCGAGACCAUCGAGUGGCUGCUCCGCCAGGCCGAGCCCUCCAUCAUCGCCGCCACCGGCACCGGCGUCACCCCGCAGGAGGCGCCCCCCGCCGCCGUCCCCGUCGCCGGCGCCCCGUUCGUGCAGGUGCCCUACUACACCGCGCUCCUCAUGCAGCCGCCCAGCGCCGACGAGCCGCCCCUCGCGUCCGCGCCGCCCGCCGGCGAGGAGAACAAGUAAUUGGCACAGGGGAGGCUAGGGUUAGGGGCUUGUUAGUCUUAGAGUGUUGAUGAUGGGCCUAUUGGGCUCUGUAGUAUCAGUCUUCCCCUCCCGAAUAAUUGAAUCUUAUUGCCACGGCACGGGUUAGGCCUUUAGAUGAUUGGCGAUUCGAGUGAUCAGGGGAGGGGGAUUCGGAUCGUAGAAUUAUUAGUGGCUUAAGAAAAGGCAGAUCUCUGUCAGUGUUUGUUGAGCUAGUGCUCUUGAUGUUGGAAACAAUGUCCAAGUUCUUGUGAAUGGUUCGGUGCUCAUUAUCAUUUAAAUGGUGCUUAGCCUUUAUGGCAAUGUCCUAUUUUCUA